AUGAAUUUAAGAUCGGAUUUUUUCUCAUUUUUUCUCAUUCUAUUCAAUCUUGAUCUAUGUUUAUCAUCAAUAUGCUCUCAGUACUAUCCAUUACAAUCUCAAUCACAAUUAUGCGAAUGUGAAGAUGCUUCAUCUAACAGUACACCAUCAUCGAUCUUACUAAAAUGUAUUGGUUUAUCGACAAUACCAAAUUUAUAUUCAAAUAUUAUCUAUAACACAAUACAAAUUGAUUCAUGCUUAAAUGAUUUUAAUUUUCAAUACGAAUCAUUCAAUAAUUUAACAAUAAAUAUUCUACGUAUGCAUCAUUGUAAUUUACUUAAUAUUAACGAUCAAACAUUUGCAAACAUAAAACAAUUAGAAAAAUUUACGCUCGAAAAUUCGACAAUAAUAUCAUUGAAAAUUUCAAAUGAAAAUUUUCAAGAACUAUUUUCAAUGAAUUCAUUUCAAAAAUUAAAAUCUUUAACAUUAAAAAAUAUUCAUUAUCAUCAAAAAAGUAAACAUGAUAAAAAAUUAAAUCUCGAAUUAUUAUUACAACAAUUGCCAUUUCUACAUCGACUAGAAUUAAGUAAUAUUUUCAUUGAUAGCUAUCGUUAUUACGAUAUUUAUUCAAUUGGACAGCAUUUAACUUAUUUAAGUUUAACAAAUACACAUCAAUUAAGUUUAUUACCAAUUGAAUAUUUAGUAUCGCUCGAACGAUUGAUUAUACGAAAUUUACCGAAUCUAUUUCAAACACAACCAUUAAUAGGUUCGUUGAAAAAAUUACAAAAUUUAAAAUAUAUCGCAUUUGAACAUAAUCAAUUGGAAUCAAUUGAAAAUUUACAAUCAAAUACAAUCGAUGACAUAGAUUUAAGUUCAAAUUUAAUUGAAAAAAUCGAUGAAUAUACAUUUGAACAUAUACCGAAACUUCGACAUUUAACAUUAACGAAUAAUCCGUUGAAUUCAAUUGAUAAAAAUGCUUUUUGUGGAAUUAAAAAUUUAGAACGUUUAUCAAUACAUAUUACACAUAAACAGAUAUCACCAUUAGAUAAUUGUAUAUUAAUAAAUUAUCCACGUUUAAAAAUUGUGGAAGAUGCGUCAACAAAAUUACAAUGUAACUGUCAAUUACUGAAUAUAUUCAAUUUAAAACGGCAAGAAAAUGUUGAUAUCAAUCGAUUAUUUAAAAUGAAUCAAGAUUGCCUUUAUAAUGACCGAUUCGUACGCGUAUAUGAAUUAGAGAAAUAUCUCAAUUGUUCAUCAUUCAAUCAAUGCACUGAUUUCUGUCAAUAUAGACAAAGAAAAACUCAACCGACACCAACAAUAUUAUCUCACUUUCAAGUCAAAUCAAAAUAUACAUCAUUAUCUACGUCUUUAUAUUCAUUUUUUUCUUAUACACUUUUUUUGUUGUUAUCAUGCUUUUUGUAUUUGUAA